AUGGUGGCAUUUAGCCUCAUCUUUGCCCUCGUGGCAUCUUGCUCUGCAUCAAGUCUUCCGAUCGUAGACCUCUCGUAUGAGCUACACCAAGCAAUCUCUAGCACCCAAGGCUUGUACAACUUUAGCAACAUCCGUUAUGCAGCCCCGCCAGUUGGGGAUCUACGAUUUCGUGCUCCUACAUUACCGGCACAGAAUCGUUCCCAGGUCCAGAAUGGCUCCGUCGCCCGAAUGUGUCCCCAAGCCAAGCCCAUCUGGGCCACGGAUAUUAUGCCGGAGUUCCUUUUGAGUGUCUUGGAGGGUGUUCCGUUCAACCAGUCGACCAAUAUCUCGUCUUACCCGUAUGUACCGCCGAAAUCUAACUCGCAAGUCACAGAGGAUUGUCUGUUCUUGGAUGUGAUCGUUCCAAAGAAAAUUUUCGAUCGGUCGCAUGGGAAUCGUUCGGUCUCGAGGUCCUUGGCUCCGGUCUUGGUCUGGAUUUACGGCGGAGGGUACGCUGAAGGUGAUAAAGCCUUGGAAGAUCCUUCGGGAUUGAUCAAUCGGAGCAUGAUUGUUGGUGAGGGGGUUGUGUAUGUUGCGAUGAAUUAUCGUCUGGGUGCAUUUGGUUGGCUGGGAGGCGACACUCUCAUUGCAAAUGGAACUGCCAACGCGGGACUCCAUGAUCAACGCUUUGCUUUGGAAUGGAUAUACAAGAAUAUCCACCUGUUUGGUGGAGAUCCCGAGCGAGUUACCCUCAUUGGCGACUCGGCUGGUGCAGGCUCCAUCAUGCAUCAGAUCACAGCAUAUGGUGGCAAAGGAGGACCGUCUCGAUUCCAACAAGCAAUUCUGCAGAGCCCGGCCUGGGUACCCAUGCCGGAUACAAAGCAGCCAGAGCAGACUUUGCAAAAUUUCCUCCAACUUUUGAAUGUCAGCACGCUCGAUGAAGCGCGGCAACUUCCAUCGGAGACAUUGAUUGCAGCCAACGCUUAUCAGAUCGCGACCCAGUCCAAGUGGGGGGAUUUCACUUACACACCAGUCGUGGAUGGUACUUUCGUGCCAGCGCUGCCAGGGCAGCUGCUCAUGGAAGGCAAGUUUGACCACAAUUUGACCGUGAUGAGUGGACACAACACGGACGAGGGACUCGAGUUCACACCACCGGCAAGCAUACUGAGCAGCGCGCUUCCAAAAAUGUUGAAGGUAUACUAUCCUUUCAUAACACAAGAUGUCAUCGACUACGUGACUCAGGUACUAUAUCCGCCCAUAUAUAACGGCACCUACGGUUAUACAAGCCCGACCGAGCGCUACGUAUUCCUAAUCUCAGAAUCCAUUUUCGAAUGCAACACCGAAUACCUCAAUUGGGCAUAUGAAAACAACACCUUUGCCUACGAAUUCAGCGUCCCACCUUCACUCCACGGUCAGGACACCCUCUACACUUUUUACAACCCUGGCAGGUCUGGCAUUGACGGUGGAAUAUCGGGACUUCAAGUCCAAAACGUUUCUGUCGCUUUCGCCAUGCAGGACUACUUCACCAGUUUUGCUCAAUUUGGUGCCCCCAGGUCACCGGUGGGGCCGAACUUUCCGCGAUAUGGUUCGCAGAAUGCGCUCCUAGAUAUUGGCAACAACACCAUUCGACCGGUCCGCGAUUUAUCCGACAAUUUCCGCUGUCGCUACUGGCAGACUGCACCGUAUUAUUGA